AUGGCUUCAAAACAGAUAAAUCGCAUCCAACUUCUAAUGAUUCUGAUCCUCACCGCCCUGCAUCCAUCUGACACAAACAGCUGCGGCAGACGCCCGCUUAUGUCAGAAUAUGGCAGCUCGCGGAUUGUUGGAGGAGUUGAUGCGCAGCCUGGUGCUUGGCCAUGGCUGGUCAGCAUCCAAGUGCCUUCCGGGGCCGGACAUCGCCACUCCUGCGGAGGCACUUUAAUCGAUGAGCAGUGGGUCCUAACAGCGGCUCACUGCUUCAAGACCAUGAAGAGGCUCAUUUCCAAAUGGCAAAUUAUACUCGGAGGAUUCCAACUGUCGGAUCCAUCGCGAAGUGACGUCCAGAUCAGAUCCAUCGACUCGUACGUUCAGCACGAGCAUUACAAUCCCCGGACUGAGCGGAACGACGUGGCGCUGAUCAAACUCAACCAGACCGUGAGAUUCACCGACUUCGUGCAGCCGGCCUGCCUGCCGAGCGCCACCACGGACAUCCACGCCAUGGAUCAUUGCUUCAUCAGCGGCUGGGGUCAUUUAAUCUUUGAUGUCUCGGCAGCCAUCCAAACGGCCGACAUCCUCCAAGAGGCCAAAGUAAACCAGAUUCCUCUGGAGAGGUGCAACGGCUCCGCGUGGUAUAACGGGGAAGUCCACGACUACAAUCUCUGUGCCGGCUACGAGGAGGGAGGCAUCGAUAGCUGCCAGGGAGACAGCGGAGGGCCAUUUAUGUGCAGGGACCCGGACAGCUCCACGUAUAACGUCAUCGGAGUGACAAGCUGGGGUGAGGGAUGCGGCAAAUCAAAAAAGCCAGGAGUGUAUUCCAACACUCAAUACUUCCGCGAGUGGAUCCUCAAAACAAUGGGAACCCCAUCUCCUGCGCUGAAUGAAGCCGCUGUCACCCCAAGCUUGAGUGGUACAAGCAAACCUACAAGACCACCGUUCCGGCUGUCAUCUCUAUAUCCUCCACUGCGGCCAAAACCAACACGGCCAGCGACCACGCGACCUCCACCUCAGACAACAACCGUGCGACCCGCACGCCGAACACCACCCGUGCGACCGGCACGGCGGACACAGCCUGCGCAACAGGCGGCAUGGACAAUGCCCGCGCAGCAUUCUAUGGGCAUUCACACGUUUCUGAGGGUAGAAGGUGUUGAGUACACGCAGAGUAAAGAGGCUGAACGCGGGCAUUUAAAGUCCGCUAAUUACACAAAUGGCUUCGGGGGCCAUUUCACUGUUGAUCACUGGAGCCACGCAGACGUCUAUGCAGCCUGA